AUGAAACAACAAGUUUUAUUAAUGAUGAUUGGCAUGUUUCUCAUAUUGAGUGCUGCUAUUAUUUCAGAAAGUUAUGCCAAGAUUAGUUUGGUUUCUGAUAUCAAGACUAAUCCUACUUCACCUGCCUGGCCACAAACUCUUCACGAUGAAUAUCUUUCCAAUAGAGUUCCAUUCAAUUAUGCUCACAAUAAUUGGUAUCAAACUAUCAAAGUUUCCAACAUGACUCUUUUCACACCAAAGGGAAUGAUUGACUCUUUCGCUGACCAAAUGAAAUUCAUCUUACAAAGUCAACUCGACAAUUCCCAAUUCUAUCUUUCUCAAGUUGAUUUAAUGAGUGGUGCCAUCCAAUUGAGUGGAUUGAAACCAAAGAAUUUAAUUCCAAAGAAUUUACAUUUGCCUUCAUAUUUCUUUGCAAGUGGUUCGAUGGUUGGUGAUAAGAAUGGAAAUAUGUUCAUGUUUGCUACCAAUGAUACUCUCCAUUAUGGAAGUACUUACAAUUACUUGUUGGUUGUUCAAGCUAAGGAAAAGACAAUUCAAGCUAUUGCACUUUCUAAUUUUGGUAAUGUUAUGGAUUUUUACAAAUUAGGAGGUUUACUAAUUGAUGAAGUUAAUAAUCAUUUGAUCAUUUCUUCCAGUACUCACCUUAUGGCAGUUGACUUGGAAACAUUUACUAUCAAAUGGAAACAACAACUUCGUGUUUUCAAAUCUCAAGCCGUUGCCGUAACUGGAAAUAUCAUUUCCAUCAAUAACAAUAAUGGAAAUGUAAUCUUGUUUGUUGCAACUGUCAACUCAAUCUUUAAAAUUCAUUCACAGGAUGGUUUGGUUCUUGCAAUUACUCAUUUAAAUCAACCAGAAUUUGAAAAUGGUGAAGCAGGAAUUGGCUCUAUCACUUCAUUAGAUGGCAUGGACUUGUUGGCAGUUGUCAUGAAUGGUGAGGCUUCAUAUUCUUCAUCUGUUUACUUUGUUAAUAUGGAAAAUCAACAAUAUUCUCUUUCAAUGAUUCAAGAAUCGAAUACUAGAUAUUUGGCUUAUUCUUGCUUCUCUCCAACUAGUUUCACUCAUCAAGACAGGUCAACUAAUGGUGUUGAAAUGGUUAGAGUAACAUUUGCUUGUCAAUCAUCAUGGUUUUCAACUAAGAAUUCAUUGGUUUUGGUUAGUGCCACAGCAAAUGUAACUUCUGAUUUUAUGGGAUCAAAGUUUACCACUCCUUCUAUUGAUUACUACUCUGAAUUGGUUUCUAAUACUAAUAUGAAUCAUUUUUGGAUUGGUGCUGCAAGCGAUAAGAGAGAUUUAAUUUCCUAUUUCGAUAUCAAAACACAUGCAUUAAUUGCUUCCAAUAUUCAAGAUAAGAUUCGUCAAGUCGUUCAUAUGGAUCUUUCAUAUGCUGCUGAAUUGUGGGAUAGUAGCUCAAUUUGUCAUUCCUUUACUGCUUCCAAUGAUAGAUUGUAUUCUUGCUGUCUUGUUAAAGAUCAAUUAGUGUGCAGAUCAGUACAAUAUUUGAACUAA